AUGGAAGAUUCGUUUUCAGGACUUGAUACACCAAUUAAAAGUCAACAAAUUGGAAAAACGCAAAUACCUCCUCCUGUUAGUGGACAAUUCUCUUCAUUAUUAUCUUCUGCUUCAAUAAUGAACCAUAACCUAGAAAAUUUGGAAUCAAGAGUCAAUACUUGCAAUUCAGUAUAUAAAUUAGCUACAGAUACAAAUGAAAUUCGUCAAAAAGAACAAACUCAGCAUAUUAACAAUAUACAAGAAUUCUUAAAUAAUCUCGAGUCUAGAUUAGCUCACAUUGAAACAUAUUUAAAGGAAUUGCCUGAGAGGGUUCAUACAGAAGCAGCAAAACAAAUCCAAGCUAAAAGUAACUUUGAAGAUAUGAAAAUGCUUGUUGAAAUGAUGGAUAGAGAACUGAGUGACAGAUUUGAUAAUUUAGAAAACAUAAUCGAAGAAAAUGAUAAGAUUAUGACUAAAACAUAUAAAAAGCUCAAAAAUGAGAUGGAUCAAAUUGGAAGUAUUCAGAAAAAUGAGAUUGAAGUUGGAGAAAUCCAAAAUCAAUUAAAUAUGAUCGAACAAAAGAAUAAACAGAUGCGUUCAAUGGUUGAAACACUAAAAGAUAGUGUAACUGAUAUUAGCAAUACGAACUCAGUCAAAACUACAAACGGAAGUAAGAUUUACAACUGA